AUGAUAUACUGUGCCUCUGAGAACAUAUUUGUUGACCAUACAAAAGUGAUCCCAAAGACCCCUCUGAAAAAUGACUUGACACCAACAGCAGCGUCCAAACAGAAAGGCUGCAGCACCCUAGAAACAAUUCAUAACACCCCCAUCAAGCAUGUGGACAGACCCCAGGCAGAUCCAUGGACCCCCACUGCUAACCUGAAGAUACUGAUCAGUGCUGCAAGCCCUGAUAUUCGGGACAGGGACAUGAAAAAGGGCCUCUUUCGUCCCAUUGAAAAUGAGGAGAGGGAGGAGACUUCAAGCAACACUACCCAGUUUGAUGUGAUGGAGGACUGUACCACAGAUGAGUUUGAAAAACAACGGCCCAACAGGAAACUGAAAAGCCUGGGACUUCUCUGCCAAAAGUUUCUUGCUCUCUAUCCUGACUACCCGUUGUCUAUGGAGAAGACUCUCAUUUCUUUAGAUGAGGUGGCAACUCAUUUGGGUGUGGAGCGCAGACGGAUCUACGACAUUGUGAAUGUCCUGGAGUCCCUGCUGCUGGUGUCCCGGGUAGCUAAGAACCAGUACUGCUGGCAUGGGCGGCACAAGCUGUGCCAGACACUGGAGGGGCUGCAGAGCAUGGGCAAGCGGCAGCGCUACGAGGAGCAGAUGGCACAGCUCCGGGAGAAGGACUGCAAGCCAGCCGAGCUCAGGAGGAAAGAGGGCCUCCCAGAACCGCAGGAAGGACAGAUUGACCAGAUGGGCAUUGAGUCAGACCUGACCUCAGGAUCAGCCAGCAAGAGGAAAGACAAGUCCUUACGCAUCAUGAGCCAGAAGUUCGUCAUGUUGUUCCUUGUGUCCAAAACGAAGAUUGUUUCUCUGGACAUUGCUGCUAAAAUCCUGAUCGAGGAGAGCCAAGACGCUGCUGACCACAGCAAGUUCAAAACAAAGGUGCGUCGAUUGUAUGACAUUGCUAACGUCCUGACGAGCUUGGAGCUCAUCAAGAAGAUUCACGUCACGGAAGAAAGAGGUCGUAAACCUGCUUUCAAAUGGAUCGGGCCUGUCAAUUUUAAACACUCCAGUGAAGCCUCACAGGCUGCAGCCGCUGUAGAGCAAUUGUCCGUCGUCCUGAAAGAACCGCUGGCUCCUGUAUCUCAGCUGGUGGUGACCGGGAAAGAGAGACUAACGCGCCAUGCUUCCUUCAGUGUGCUGCCCGCCUCCGCUGCUGAGCAGAGAAGAAUCAACUCGGCGCCAAGCAGCCCACAAAGACACAGGAAAGGCUGGACAGUGGAGCCUGAGAGCUCCAGAAAGAUGCCGGGUUCAGCAGCUGUGUGUAAACUGCAGUUUGAAGAAAGCACAAGAAGUAAAGUCUCUGGUAGGAACAAGGCGAUCAUCCCAACAAGCAACUCUGUCUCUCCGGGGCUGGUCCUACCUGUUCCUGUGGAUUCUCAUUCCCGAACUAGUCCACUGCCACAGUCCGCCUGUGCCUUUCCCCAGCCGCAGUGCCUGCUGCCCACAUUGUACCCAAACGCUGUCAAGGGAGGCCUGCCGGCUCCCUCUGAAUUCCAGACAGAAGACAGCCUCUCCAGCUCUUCCCUGAAGCAGCCUCCUCUCGUUUACCUCCAGAGCCUGCCCCCCCCUAUCCUCAUGAUGUGCGGGAGCAGCCUUGCAGACAGGGGGGGCGCAGUGCAGAGGAGCAGCGAAGCUCACAGCUCACUCACUGCUGUCACCGAAGAGACGUCAGCCCUCGGGAAACGCAGCAUGGCCAAGAGUGGGCUUUCCAAAGAAGAGGAACAGGCGGCUAAGAGAGACAGAACAGCUUUCAGGGACACAGUGUCUUCGCACGGGAAUUGCAUCAGAGAGAAGAAUGAGCAGGAGACCCCCCUCCAGAACUGCAGUGUUGCGUCGCCAACUUUUAUCCUGACCCCUCCCCCGAAGGGGUCUCUGAACAAGGAUCAGGCCAAUCAGACGAAAGGACACCCAGAAACUCCCUUCAGAGAGGGCGAGCCCGGCAGGCACAGCCCCGAGCUUCCAGCCCCCGUCUCACACUACCUAUACGUGCCCCCCUCAGCAGGUCUGAGCACUCUGGAUUUCUUUCUCCCAGCUGGCCAUAGUCCCGGCAGCCUGUCUGUCUCCCCCAGUCGCCUGGCUUCUCUCGCUUUUCCUUAUGUUGUGCUGCCGCCCUCGGCCCUCUCCUUCCCUCUCAUUGCUCCCAGCAUGUCUGGAACCAACGGCUCCAUCAACUUCCGCAUGCCUGGCGAGGUAAACCCCACACACUUCCUGAUCGCCCCUGGGGCUGUCCCCUACCCCAGGAUCCCAGAGUGCUCCCCCAGUCCCAAUGGUCUGGCCCCCUCGCCUGGACACUUGAGUCCUGAGCAAGAAAGGCUUCCCAAAGCUGUGAAACCAGAAUCUCCAGUCGGUGUGGGACAACCGCUUACCGUCCUCACACUGCAGCAACAGCCACAGACCCCGCUGACCCCUAAAAAUGUCCGGGCGCCCCAUUCAAAGACCUUCUUCCAGACCCCCUGUUCUCUGGGCUCAGCAGCUUCCUCCAGCCUGCGGAAACAGGGCACAAGAGCGCAUAACAGGACUGGCAGCUCAGCUCAGAGGAGGCUGGAAAUCAGCAACAAUGUAUCCAACUGAGCUGACAGAAUGGCAACUUGUAAUGUGCAUUGAACUUUCCCAGAUGUUGUAGAGCAGGGUUGCAGACCCUAAGGGCUCCCUCACCCCAAUCUACAGUUCAGACUUCCUGGGGCUAGAGAUCUCAUCACACACCCUGCUGUGCUGUAGCUCCCUCUUUUUUUGGGCAUGGGGCUGCCAUCCACCGGCAGGUUUACCAGACACCAGCAGUGAAGCCAGUGAAUUGUUGGAAGGGGUGUCUCAACAGUAAUGGCAUUUAGCUUGCCAGCUUGAAGUCUUGAUGUUGACACACACUAGGGAACGGAGAACAAUUUGUAACUGCUGCCGACAACCUUGUGAGUACAGGUGUUGGACCAGAAUUUCAAAGCA